CCGGUAGCCGAGCUGCGAGCCGCGCGGCGCUCACGGCGGGUGACUCCGGCAGCGGCAGUGGCGGCUGCGGUCGCCUCGCCGUGGGAAGCUACGGGGAUGCGCGUUUCCUCUGAAUGUCCAUUCAGCGGCGGCUCGAAGCGCGCUGCCCCGCUGCGGUAGGGAGCGGCGUUGGAGCAGUCACUCGCCAAAGACCCUCGGGACCCACUCAUUUCGGCCCCUGCAUCGUAGUGCCUUUACCCGACUCCAGAGGCGUGGAAGAGGAGCUGUACCCCCGGCGGGGCGAGGAACAUGGGGAGAGCGUCGGCCGCAGUCAGCGGUGGAGGGGCGCGCCGGUGGCUUUCUUGGCUGGGGCUCUGCUUCUGGGCAGCAGGGGCUGCGGCUGCCCGAGGAACCGACAACGGUGAAGUUCUUCCUGAUUCCAUCCCAUCAGCUCCAGGGACACUGCCUCAUUUCAUAGAGGAACCAGAUGAUGCUUACAUCAUCAAAAGUAACCCUAUUGCACUCAGGUGCAAAGCAAGGCCAGCCAUGCAGAUAUUCUUCAAGUGCAAUGGCGAGUGGGUCCAUCAAAAUGAGCACGUCUCUGAGGAGAGCCUGGAUGAGAGUUCAGGAUUGAAGGUCCGGGAGGUGUUCAUCAAUGUCACCAGGCAGCAGGUAGAGGACUUCCACGGGCCAGAGGACUACUGGUGCCAGUGUGUGGCAUGGAGCCACCUGGGUACCUCCAAGAGCAGGAAGGCCUCUGUGCGCAUAGCCUAUUUACGGAAAAACUUUGAACAAGAUCCACAAGGAAGGGAGGUUCCCAUUGAAGGCAUGAUAGUGCUCCACUGCCGUCCGCCGGAGGGCGUCCCUGCUGCCGAGGUGGAAUGGCUGAAAAAUGAAGAACCCAUUGACUCAGAACAAGAUGAGAACAUUGACACCAGGGCUGACCAUAACCUGAUCAUCAGGCAGGCACGACUCUCUGACUCAGGGAAUUAUACUUGCAUGGCAGCCAACAUAGUAGCCAAGAGGAGGAGCCUGUCAGCCACCGUGGUGGUCUAUGUGAAUGGAGGCUGGUCUUCCUGGACAGAGUGGUCAGCCUGCAAUGUUCGCUGUGGUAGAGGAUGGCAGAAACGUUCCCGGACCUGCACCAACCCAGCUCCUCUCAAUGGUGGGGCCUUUUGUGAGGGAAUGUCAGUGCAGAAAAUAACCUGCACUUCUCUUUGUCCUGUGGACGGAAGCUGGGAAGUAUGGAGUGAAUGGUCUGUCUGCAGUCCAGACUGUGAGCAUCUCCGGAUCCGGGAAUGCUCAGCACCACCCCCGAGAAAUGGGGGCAAAUUCUGUGAAGGUCUCAGCCAGGAAUCUGAAAACUGCACAGAUGGUCUCUGCACGCUAGAUAAAAAACCUCUUCAUGAAAUAAAACCCCAAAGCAUCGAGAAUGCCAGCGACAUUGCCCUGUACUCAGGCCUGGGUGCUGCAGUUGUGGCCGUUGCAGUCCUGGUCAUUGGUGUCACCCUGUAUAGACGGAGCCAGAGUGACUAUGGCGUGGACGUCAUUGACUCUUCUGCAUUGACAGGUGGCUUCCAGACCUUCAACUUCAAAACAGUCCGUCAAGGGCUGGGGAUGGAACCCAAGACCUCGUGCAUGCUAGGCAAGCACUCUGUCACUGAGCUACAUCCCCUGCCCUGUAACUCCCUGCUCCUGAAUUCUGCCAUGCAACCAGACCUGACAGUGAGCCGAACAUACAGUGGUCCCAUCUGUCUACAGGACCCACUGGACAAGGAACUCAUGACAGAGUCCUCCCUCUUCAACCCUUUGUCGGACAUCAAAGUCAAAGUGCAGAGCUCAUUCAUGGUUUCUCUGGGAGUGUCAGAGAGAGCCGAGUACCACGGCAAGAAUCACUCUGGGACAUUUCCCCAUGGAAACAACCGCAGCUUUAGUACAAUGCAUCACCGAAAUAAAACGCCAUACAUCCAAAAUCUGUCAUCACUCCCCACAAGGACAGAACUGAGGACAACUGGUGUCUUUGGCCAUUUAGGAGGGCGCCUAGUAAUGCCAAAUACAGGGGUGAGUUUACUCAUACCACAUGGUGCCAUUCCAGAGGAGAACUCUUGGGAGAUUUAUAUGUCCAUCAACCAAGGUGAACCCAGCCUGCAGUCAGAUGGGUCUGAGGUGCUCCUGAGUCCUGAAGUCACCUGUGGUCCUCCAGAUAUAAUAGUCACCACCCCCUUUGCGCUUACCAUUCCACACUGUGCGGACGUCAGUUCGGAGCACUGGAACAUCCAUUUGAAGAAGAGAACACAGCAGGGCAAAUGGGAGGAAGUAAUGUCCGUGGAGGAUGAAUCCACAUCCUGUUACUGCCUUUUAGACCCCUUUGCAUGCCAUGUGCUCCUUGAUAGCUUUGGGACCUACGCCCUCACAGGAGAGCCAAUCACAGAUUGUGCCGUGAAGCAGCUCAAGGUGGCGGUCUUUGGCUGCAUGUCCUGUAACUCCCUGGAUUACAACUUAAGAGUUUAUUGUGUGGACAAUACCCCUUGUGCAUUUCAGGAAGUGGUUUCAGAUGAAAGGCAUCAAGGUGGACAGCUACUGGAAGAACCAAAGUUGCUGCACUUCAAAGGGAAUACCUUCAGUCUUCAGAUCUCUGUCCUUGACAUCCCUCCAUUCCUCUGGAGAAUUAAACCAUUCACUGCAUGCCAGGAAGUCCCAUUCUCCCGCGUGUGGUGCAGUAACCGACAGCCCCUGCACUGUGCCUUCUCCCUGGAGCGCUACACGCCCACCACCACCCAGCUGUCCUGCAAAAUCUGCAUCCGGCAGCUCAAAGGCCAUGAACAGAUACUCCAAGUGCAGACAUCCAUCCUAGAGAGUGAAAGAGAAACCAUCACUUUCUUUGCACAAGAGGACAGCAGUUUCCCUGCACAGACUGGCCCCAAAGCCUUUAAAAUUCCCUACUCUAUCAGACAGCGGAUUUGUGCUACAUUUGAUACCCCAAAUGCCAAAGGCAAGGACUGGCAGAUGCUAGCGCAGAAAAACAGCAUCAACAGGAAUUUAUCUUAUUUUGCUACACAAAGCAGCCCCUCUGCUGUCAUUUUGAACCUGUGGGAAGCUCGUCAUCAGCAUGAUGGUGACCUUGACUCCCUGGCCUGUGCCCUUGAAGAGAUUGGGAGGACACACACGAAACUCUCAAACAUUACGGAAUCCCAGCUGGAUGAAGCAGACUUCAACUACAGCAGGCAGAAUGGACUCUAGUCCACUUCCUCUCAGGAGCAGAGGGAUGGCCAGCUUUGGGACUUUGGCUUUAAAUGGGAAAGAAAAAGGCAGCUCUCUGCCCAGUGGCAUUUGGGGAAUUCAGCUUUGUUUGUAAUCAGUGAGAUACCCUGGUUGAAGAAACUGAAUUUUCUAUAGGUAAAACAUGCCAGUAGAGCAAAGGACAAGCUCUCUUAGAUGUAAGAGGGUUUUAUUGUCUCCCCUGAAUCACACGCAGGUCAACACUGGAUGCCCUCCUCAGAUCUGGAGUGUCUAGGAUAGACAUGAGGGCAUAUUGAGACAAAAGUAGCUAUGGAGAGAGAUGAGCUACAAUAAAGCUGAAGGCAGAGAUUGAUUAAGUGCAUGUUUUGAAACAGGUUUUUAAUGAUGUGCCCCACAGGGCCAGCAGAUUCUGGUACCAGAUUGUCAGUUUUCUACCAACUGGCAUUUGUAAUGUCAGGAAUCAUUGUAAAACUGACUUUUAGAAGUAAAACAGGGUUGCCAACCCAUUUGUAUGACUUUUUCAACAUCAAAGAGGGCGUUUAGAUUCUAGAAUCUGAAUACACCACACCAGCACCAAUUUCCUGUCUAUACUAGCCACUGAACGGAGACAAGACCCAAAAGUCAGAUAGACGACGAACUAGUUCUCGUAGUGUACCUCACCUUCAUUUUUUCCCAGAGACAAAUCUACCCACUUCUCUCCUUCCUGAACUUCCAGAGUAGAGAGGUUUCAAGGAACAUAAUGAGAUUUUUGAACAUGGAAAUUUAUCUCUUCAAACUCAACCAAGUAGGAGUAUCUCUAUUCCCAGUUAAGCCAGACAAAUUGCAGAGUGCUGUUGGAACACAGCUUAUUACAUGGAUUCAGAGACAGGUCUGGUCAGGCCAGGUCCAAGGAAACAUGAACUGCAGAUGUCACGGACCUCAAAUAAGCUGUAAUUCUAAGAGGCAGGUGUUGAUCCAGUUCUCCAAUAUUUUUGUAACAAGGGAAUGAUGAGAUUUACUGCACUUUUCAAUCCAAGUUCUGGAAAGUUUCUUAACAUUUUGGUACCAUGCCAUCAUAGAAUCUCUCAGUAGGGCCACCUAGGUCACCCUCCUUUUGCCUCUUGAGAAAUUAGCAGACAGGCUUUGUCCUAGAUGAUAGCUGAAUAAAUAGACCUGAGGAAUACUUGUCCCAGAAACCACAUCCAUCAUUCAAGGAGCUUCAAGCUCAGCCUCACCAAGUACCCUUUCUCCAGUGAACCUUUAACAUGUGGCCACUGCUUUAUUUUUCUCUUUUAAAAUAGGAGGCAGUGGUAUUGUACAGAACUCAGAUUCAUCAACCAUUCAUCAUCCUCAUCUUAAUACUUUAUUCCAUCUUUUUUAUCCUCUUCAGUGGUUUUUGACAAGAUGCCUGGUAGACUACAGAUGAGCAGAUGCGCUCCAGCUCAUCUUCUGGUGUUUGUUUUCCUUAGCUGUCCACGAUCAAGACAACCAAAGUCAAGGACCUAGGUUAACCCCAAGGCAGCUAGUCAGCUACUUAGAGAUUGGCUACUUUAUUAAAAGUAGUCACGGAAUGGGGGAGGUGGGAAGUACUUGGCACUGGAGAUGCAAUCAAUUUUUUAAACACUUUUAUAGAUCCCUUGUUUAAAAAAAAAUGUUGUGAAUCUCCUCAUAAGUGGAAAAGACCUAAAGAAAGGUUGAGUUUAGGAUACCAUGGAUAAAGCAUUGAAGAACUCUGGAAUGUGUUGGCCAUUUUCUCUAAUGUGUGGUGUAUCUGGUCCCCUGUAUUAGAUAGAAGGCUUUGCCACAUGUAAUUCAAAAAGCAUCUUGCUUUUCUCAGGAACCAAAGGCUUAUUAUAUAGAACAAACAAAUCAUCUUAGAACUGUCAAGCAUAUUUUCAAACUACCAUAUCUAGAUCAGGAAAACACCACUUUGCUAGUAUGCUCAACUUGUUCAUUCCUUCUAGGGAAUAAUGGACAGCAUGGAAAUGUAAAUCACUUCACAUCGCUGGUAUAAUUUUUGAGAGAAAGAGGUGUUAAGUAGAUGUUCAAUUGCUCACAAUAAAAUUGAGUUCACUAGCAUGAUUGGCUGCAGAAGGAAUCUGCAUUAGCUGUUGAGUAAUAAAUUAUCUAAAACAUUGUAGAGCUUAUUCGAAUCUCCAUUUUGGAGGAUUUUAUUUUAAGUCAUUAUAAUUAGCCUUAUAAUGGUUUCAUCUAUUCUGUGAAUCCACACCAGAUCCUUUCUAGACUUUUUUUUUUUUUUUUUGCAUUUGAAAGCAGAAGUUUGGUUUCCCAUAGAACCUACUAGAUUAUUUUAAGAUGAGAUUAUUAAUCCCUAAAUCUGAAUUCUGUAAUAUCCUCGCAUGGGUUUGGUUGAUUUUAUUUUGUUCCCUUGUUUCUUUGGGUUUUCAGGAUUCUUUUUUUUUUUUUUUUGUAUUUUUUUGGGGGGAUGAAGGGAUGGUUUUUGUUUUGGUCUGGGUUAAUAAAUGCUUUUUAACAUCAAAUCACAUAAAAUAAUAGAGGAAGAAAUCGAGAGAUUCACCUUCAGUUUCAGCCCAAGUUUCAAGCAAUGCAUCUUUUAGUUCCUUUGGUUUCCUUUUUACAUUCUUCUCUUAGUUCUGCUAGGUUGCUACAGAAGAUUUCUGUAUAUGAAAGUCUGUGAUCAUUGCAUGUCAGCGUUGUGCCAUGUUUUACAAUGGAAUUUCAAAGAGAACCCAUGUUUGUGAGAUUUACAGACCAGGGUAUGAGUGUGGUGGGAGGGGGUCACCAAAGUCUCAGUGCCCACUUGAACUUGUGGUUAUUCACUUGUCCUAAACCCUGCUCUAUUUUACUGUUUGCCAGUCAUGACACAAAUGCCCCUCUUGAAAGAGAUUUACUCAUUAGUCCCAGCACUUAAUUUGGAAGUCUUACUCUCCUAGUACAAAAUGAAGCAGAAACUAAAAGUGGCCUUAAAUACUUCAUAGGUUACUUAAAAUUUUUACAAAAUAUCCCACUUAAUGCCAAACCUCCCAGUGUUCAAAGACAGUGAAGUCUUAAUUGUCAUGCUUUAAACAUGCCUUAAAAUUAUGCCACCAAAAUACUACAAUUCACAGCUUCACCAGACUGCAGUGCCAUCAAGUUAAUUUAUAGUCUUUACAACAUUGCUUGCGCAGUCUUACUGGUUUACAUUAAAAUCCUUUAAGCCAAAAGGAAGCUCGCUCAAUGGAUUUAAAUGCAAACUUCAUUUACCGGUGCAGGAAGUCUCAUAAAACUCAGAUGCACUCUCACAAAAAUUUUAUUGGCCUUUUUGUAAGAGAUGAAAAGGAAUUGACAACAGUUCUCUUUAAAGAGGGGAACUUUUUCUCUUUUUUAUUAUUUUUAUCUCCAACUGCAGAGGUGUUAUCCUUUGCCGUGGUCCCUGUAUUUUUCUUCCAGUUGGCUUGGAGAAGGAAUAUUAAAUCACUGAAACAGGGUUCUCUUUGGAUAAAAAAAAAAAAAAAAAGCUCUGGAUUUAUUGCAAUGAUUUUCCUUGAGAAAAAAAAAAUAUUUCUCAACAUCAGGAUUGAUAAGCAGAAUGUUAAAAUGUUGUGAUUGGUUUUCGAUAGUAUUCUCUAUUUGCCAAACUUCUGGCAAACUUACCUGUGAAAUUCAAAUCAUCAAAUCUUUUGAUAUGCUUUCAUUGUUUCCUCUUAGCUGUUUUCUCUUUGAUUUCUUAGUCUCUCUGCCCUCAAAUGUGUUGAAUGAUAUAGCUAUCAGAUGUAUCUAAGGUAAUGUUUUCUAAGGUCUCUGUUCCAACUCUGUGAAGGUCACAGGAAUCAGGAAGGAGCUGAGAAUCGUGCCUCUCUGGCCCAUUCUGUGGCCCAUUUUCAUUAUGUUUCCUCAUGAAACAUUGCAAAGUUUGAAUCCUUAGUAAUUCCCAUUGACUGGACUAGAGGUGACAGCCUUGACAAAUGGGAGAACAAUUUGUUGGCCUACAGAUGGUGACAAAAUUUUAUUAGCCCUUUGGUGUUUGUUGCCCUAGCGCUGUAUUUGAAAAUUGAUGCUUUAGCCAAAAGCUGAAUGGCCACCGUUUCUGUAGUUUCCACUGUUUUGUCUGCAUAGAAUUUUCCUGAACUAACAAGCAAAAACGUAUUUUGUCAAAUGUCACAAAAGUGAAAAUGUUACUAAUUUUAGACGUGUUGCAUAUUUUGUGUUUUUCCUUUCCAAACUCUUUUAAAAAGCUGCAGUUUCAAAGCUGUUUGGCUGUAUUGACAGCAUGUGGUGUUUUUUGCAAAAGCAAUUCUAGGAGAGCCAGUGUCUACCAUGGACUCCUCACAUCCCCACUGCAGGGUCAUCAACAAAAUCAAAAUGGCAAUUUGUAUGCUGUAAUUUUUCAAAAGAUAAAAGGGGAUGGAAACCAGACCUGGCUGUUAGUCACUAGUGUGUAGUACUGUGAUCUGAAGUAGGAAAUUUAACUCACAUAGAAUAAUUGUGGUUUUUGAAGCAGCUACUCAUUGCUUUUUCCUUUUGCUGUGAAGAUCAUGGACUUGGAAUGUCCUCAUGAGGUGGGCCUAAGACAGUAACAUUUAAACUUCAUGUCUUCAAACCCACCCUCCAUCUGAAUCCAAAGACAAAAAAAAAGACAGUAAGCUUCAUGGUUAGGCCUAAGCUUAAAAUUUCCUUCCCACCUCUAAUACUGAUUUGAUCAAGGGUUAUAUCCUUUCUUUUUUCCCAAAAAGUUUUAGCUUUGAAUUGCAGAAUAUAUCACUGAAUUUAGUAAUGUAGUUCUCUGUGUGAAUAGAAACAGGUAUCAAAAUUCUUUUACAAAAGGCAUAAUUACAAUGAAAACACCCUUUGGUCUCAAACUUUGCUGAACACUCAAAAAGUGUUUCACUUUUCUCAAGCAUUAUUUACACCCAAAUUCCAAAAUUGGACAAAGGAUGCAGUUUCCUUAAAAUGUAAACUCUAUAGUAGAGAUUUAAUUGUGGUUCUGGUGAAUCAUAAAAGGAGAGAUAAUAUUUGAAGAAGUUCAUAAGCAGAAUAUCAUUCCUCCUGACCCCUUCACUGAGACAUAGGCAUUACAAUCAGAAUUGGACUUAAUAGCCCCAGUGUUCCUCCUUAGCAAUCUCUGAUGGUGCUGAGGAGGGACCACCAGGAUGCAGCCAUCUAAGCCUCAUUAGAGAGUCCCUGAGCGUGAUCAAUCAGAAAUACUCCUUGAGGCUUAUUCUGGAUGUAGCCUGCUCUCAUUUGAAACUUCUCCCUAAGAAAUUGGGGAAACACUCAUACUGUCAGAAUUUUUGGUCAGAAAAGCAAUUUUCUCCUUUUCUUAACUGGAAUAAAGACUUAGAAUUCCCAUUGUUCCUAAUUGUAUCUGAUUGAUACACACGUUCCAUUAAGUCUUGACCUAGAAAUAUUGCAAACAUAAGCAGGUAGAGGGAAACUGGCCUCUCCUAAACCCAACUCGAAAACACAUCAGUAGUUGUUUACCUCCAUUUCUGUAUGGAAGAAUUUAAAACAGAUUUCAUUUUGUUCUGUUUAUUUUGGGAAGGUACAUGGGGGUGUUCUUCCCAGUGAUUCAUAUCUCAAACCCAUACCACUCUCAACUUUUAUUUGAUGUGUUCAAAGCCAAAAAAAAAAAAAUAAUAAAAA